AUGGCGCGAGUCGAGUGUGAGAGGGGCGAGCCGACGCCAAAGGGACGCAGAUUCAACCGACGGCGGCUGUUCGCUCGCUCAGGCGCUCAAAUGUGGGCUGUCUGCAUCCCGGACGUCGACCCCCAGUCGUGCUUUCUGAUUGGAGGCCGUGCACGAGUCCUAGUGCAAGUUGCAGUUGGCCCCCUGGCUCCUCUCCCCCCGCGCGUGUGUGCCGGUGGGUCGCUCGUCUUUGGCGAACCAUCAGCGAACACCCCAUCUGAGAGCCAGAGAGUCGGUUUCUUCGGCCAGCUAGCUGCAGCGUGUCCGACCGGCGUUCCCGCCGUACUGGCGCUGCGAGGAUGA